GCCAAUUUUUUUCUGCAAGGGCUCGGGACGUCUCACUCGCGCGCAGCCUCCGCCCUUCCGUCCGCAAGAACUGGCCAUCACUUCUCCUCCAGUCGCCGUCUACUCCAACAGCAGGCGAGAGCCUCUCCUUCAGUGUUUCCGCACAGAACACUUCAAUGCCGCCUCUCUAUGAAGAAAUAAUGCGCAGGUUUUUUUCAGGAGUUUGUAUGGAGAUUUGAAUACAUAUUUCCUGUGAAGCACAGCAAUGUUAUCUGCUUAUCGUUUCGUCUACCAGUCCAGAAAGUUGUAUAAUUGUUGGGGGUUGCUGCAACAUUUUUGCUGUGCACCUGCUCUUGUUAUUGCCAGAAAAGCUCCAUCAUGUUAUAUCCCUCCCUAUGGUAGAACUGGUUUGGUGAUUCUUCAGUUAUUCGUAUUCAAUUUUGUUUGCUGUUCAGUUCCACCAUCAUUCAGCAAAUUAUUUGGUAGAUUUUCAACUGCAUUGCCAUUUCAGUGGAAUAAAUCGAGAGGUGAACUUUUGGCAAUGAUGAAUUGUGUGAGGAGUUGUUUUUCAGGGUCUCAUUUGUCAAAAUUACAAAAUAAUUUUGUACCUGGGGAAGAGUUAUUUAACAUCAUCAAAUCAGCUUGCUAUGAGCUUGAAGGGCUGAAUCAUCAUUGGUUGAACAUUGCUUGUGAUGACAACAAAUUCUUGAACCAAGGAGGAAUCAUUUUGAUUCUUGUGAAUGCUUACAUUAAUGAUGACUCUUUAAUUGAUCAUCAUGAUCGCAUUCUAAUGAUUGAAGGAAUAAAAUUGCUUCAGAAAAGAUAUCCGAAGCUUAAUAUUAUUGGUGUGCAAUGUGUUAGUUCAGCUAACUCAGUGGAGAUACAUUCCGGGGUUCUUAAAACCAUCAUGGAGGAAUACAUCUCAUUUCCAGUCUUGUUAUUAGACAGAAAUUUAAUUAAGGUGAUAGAUCCUGCUGUCUACUUGUUUUUUGAAGGCGCCACAAUUCAAACUUUCUCGGUUAAGACAGAAGCACAGUCCAUUAUGAAAGGCAGUUGUUUAACUCUUUUGUUAUCAUACUCUAAAUAGUUUCUUGUUAAAAAUUUUCACGAGGCAGAUGUCCUCGCAUAAAUGCUAGAAUAUGCACCAUUUCUUGCAGUUUACUUUCUGCAGCUACUUUUACUUUGUGUUUAAUUGCGACAUAAACAAACUUAUUAUGUUUAGUUUUUCAUGGUACGGGAUAUGCA